CCCUUGGCAGCGAAAUAGACCUCUCGUGGUCUACCGCUGUCGCCCGAAGAAGCCUUAGCAGGGAAGGGUCCUCGUCGUCCAAACUCAAGCAGUAUGUAUUGCCUUUGGCCCUCGAGGUAUUACUACCUUCCUCCGAUCUUCUCGAAGUCGCUUACUGUACCUUGUGAGCUCGUUGAGCCGCACUUCAACCUUUUCAAACACACCGACCCUUGUAUCGCUGAAACCCAAUUCUGAGAAUUCUGCUUCAUGACCGCCAUUCUCCCCACGACUCUGCCAUCAAUGUUGGCGUUCGGGCGAAUCGAACAGAUGUCUGAAGGCGCGAACGAAGUAUGGCGACGCCAUUACGCACACGAUCAAAUGAGUCUCAAUCACUGGCAUCAGAACAGCGGGCUGCCAGUCGGUAGUGUGCACGACCCAGACUUCAGGAUGUUCCACGCUGAAUCGCGCGACUAUGACGACCAUCACAUCAGUCAUGAAGGCGGCCCUUUGAUCUCGCCACCGAUGGGUUACGUACCAGAGACCAGCUGGGGGUCAGAUAUGGAGAUGGGAACACCUUCGACUGCUGGAUUUCCCACGAGUGAGCCGCUUGACAAUUAUCAUCCUGUGCGACACGGCACCGUACACCACCCGCUCAACUUACCACCUCGACAAGACAGGACACAUUCUUCCGCUCAGAGUCCCCGAAGCUCUUACGGAGAGCCCGUCGUGAUCAAAGAAGAGCGACCGAGCUUAAUUCGAUCAAUCACAGCGCUUGCAGCCUCGGACCUCAAGACCAGAAGAUUGACCAACGCUUCUGGCACACCCUCCAUCAAACGCUCGGGCAGCGAAGACGAGGACGAAGAAUACGUACCUACCGAAGAGGCUAAACCUCGGGGCAGAAAACGCCAACGCAUCCCUCACACUGCUGUCGAGCGACGAUAUCGAGAAAAUUUGAAUGCACAUCUUGAUAAACUUCGCCAAACUGUGCCAGCUCUGGCGUCAAAGCGUGCUGGUGGAGUUGGCAAGCCUGGCGACGGCAUUGGAGAAGGUGUCAAACCGAGCAAAUGUGAGAUUCUGAAUGGUGCUAUCGAACAUAUUGGUGCACUGGGCAAGGAAAACACAGCAUUGAAGACGGAGGUCAAGGCUCUGCGAUCGAGGCUUGAAGAUUUGGAGCGUUGGUGCAAUUCUGGAAGUUUUGCAAAGUGAACGCGAUAACCUACGUGAGAUGACUUUUAUGCUAUGGAAUGCAAUGUAUCAAGAUCUGUUCGACUGUUCGUGAAUGUACGGCAGAGGCAGCAACGAAGGGAAAUCUUGGGAAGGUGAUACGUUCUAUGAAUGGCACGAGGGAGGCGUUUCGAUUGGAGUAUAGGACGGGUCAUUGCAAGGGCACGAACUUCGAUGUUUUAUGGAUCAAGAUACCCUGAACACAAUGC